AGCUGCGGCGACGACGCGGCGGCGGGCGCGGGCGCGGGGGCGGGGCUGUCGGCGGAGAAGUUCCGCGCCUUCCUCAACGAGCGGCAGCGCGACCAGCGGCUCAACGAGAUCCUGCGGCCGCUCUACAGCGCCAAGCACACGGCCGACCUCAUCCGCGCCCUCGAGCCCAGCGCCUCGGCCCGCGCGAACGGGCGGAUGACGCGCGACGGCUUCUUCCGCUACCUCACGUCGGACGAGGCGACGCCCGUGGCGCUGGACCGCCUGGACGUGUACAUGGACAUGACGCAGCCCCUCGCGCACUACUUCAUCAACUCCUCGCACAACACCUACCUCGUCGGCCGCCAGUUCGCCGGCAGCUCCUCCGUCGAGAUGUACAGGCAGCCCAUCGUGACGCACGGGCACGCCGUGUGCUCGGACAUCCUGCUGCGCGACGUGCUGUACGCCAUCGCGGACACGGCGUUCGUGGCGAGCGAGUGGCCCGUGGUGCUGAGCAUCGAGAACCACUGCACGCGGCCGCAGCAGCAGCGCAUGGCGCAGCUCAUGGAGGAGGCCCUGGGGCCGCUGCUCCUGCGCGAACCCUUGCCCGAAUUCCCGUGCGGAGUGUGGAGUGGAGUGGCGUCGCAGCUGAAGGCGGGCGUGGAGCUGCCGUCGCCGUGGGCGCUGCGGCGCAAGGUGCUGGUGAAGAACAAGCGGCUCAAGCCGGACGAGGAGCGCGCGCAGCUCGAGCUCUUCCGCCAGGGGCAGCUCGUCAUCGAGGACGACGACGACGACCAGGACGACCCGCAGGUGCCAGGGGAGUGCGCUGGGCUCGGCAACUCCGACUCGCCCAAGAGCGCUUUUGAGGGGGACGAGGGCGUGAGACCGGCCUCUCCCGUCACCCUCCCGCCCUGCGACGCCCCAAGGGCCACGCCCUCCGCUCCCGAGGAGCCUCCGCGGCCGCAGGAGCAAGAGGGCGCGGAGGAGGGCAGCGCGGCGCGCCCGCCCACCGCCCUGUCGCUGCAGCUGUCGUCGUCGUCGUCGUCGACGAGCGCGCCGUCGGGCGCCAAGGGCUCCUUCGCCGCCACCCCCGAGGAGGACGACGCCCCCCUGCCCUACGUGCACGUCACCUCCACCUCCAAGGUGCACCCCUGGCUCUCCUCGCUCGUCAACUACGUCGAGCCCGUCAAGUUCCCCGGAUUCACCGCCGCGCAGCAGCGCGACAUGCACUAUCAUAUGUCAUCCUUCGCGGAGACGAACGGUCAAUCUCUGGUGAACAAAUUCGGGAGAGAACUCAUCAACUACAACAAGCGACAGAUGACACGCAUCUACCCUAAAGGAGUGAGAGUCGACUCCUCCAACUUCAUUCCGCAGGUGAGAAAUUCUGUACAACCUGGUACUCUGACCGAGUGCACUGCUCCUAAACGGCGACACUCCACUGAUGACGGAAGAUUUUCAGUUUUCAAUCUUCAGAUCUUCUGGAACGGGGGCUGCCAGAUGGUGUCGCUCAACUUCCAGACGCCCGACCUGCCCAUGCAGCUGAACCAGGGCAAGUUCGAGCCAAACGGCAACGCGGGCUACGUUCUCAAGCCGGACAUCAUGCGGCGCGCCGACCGCGACUUCGACCCCUUCACGGAGGCGCCCGUGGACGGCGUCAUCGCUGGCCAGUGCUCCGUGCAGGUGAUCUCCGGGCAGUUCCUGUGCGAGCGGCCGGCCACCACCUACGUGGAGGUGGACAUGUACGGGCUGCCCAUCGACACCAUCCGGCGCGAGUUCCGCACGCGCGCCGUGCCCAACAACGGCCUCAACCCCGUCUACAACGAGGAGCCCUUCCUCUUCAGGCUGGUGGUGCUGCCGGACCUGGCGCUGCUGCGCGUGUCGGCGAUGGAGGAGGGCGGGCGGCUGCUGGGCCAGCGGGUGCUGCCGCUGGACGGGCUGCAGCCAGGUUACCGGCACAUCCCGCUGCGCUCCGAGGCCAACCAGCCGCUGCCGCUGGCGCAGCUCUUCUGCUACAUCGAGAUCAAGAUCUACGUGCCCGCCGGAUACGAAGACAUAAUUUGGAAUGUCGUGUCUCCACGAACGAUCUUGUACGUGUGUGUGAAUCGUGUGUUGGCAGACCUGACGGCGGCGCUGCUGGACCCUCGCGGCCACCGCCUGGCGCGGGAGGCGGCAGCGGCGGGCGGCGGCGAGGGCGCGGAGGCGGAGGCGGGUGACGCGAGACUCAAGAAAGGCGAGGAGCCGUGGCCGUUCGUGUCGGUGGAGAUGGCGCCGCUGCGCGCGCUGCCGGCCUUCCGCCGCCUGGCGCAGCGCCACUGCACAGAGGUGCGGUCGCUGCGCGCGCGCCACCACAAGCAGCUGCUGCGCGAGGGCCGGCGCCAGAGCGAGGAGAUCGAGAAGAUGGCGGCGCGCAAGGACCCGGUGUCGCUGGUGGCGGACUCGGAGAUCCGGCCGCUGGUGCGCGCGCAGGCGGGGGCGUGGUCGGAGCUCCGCGCGCGCCACGUGCGCGCCGAGUGGGAGCUGGUGAAGCGGCAGCUGGCGGCGCAGGAGGCCCUGCUGCUGCGCCUGCAGGAGGAGGCGCACCACCGCCAGCGCAAGGAGCUCAAGCGCAUGCACGACAGGCAGAAGCGGGAGCUGACGGCGCAGCAGGCCAAGGCCGUGGAGGCCGGGGGCGCGGGCGCGGGCACAGGCGCGGGCGUCGGGGCGUUCGGGCGCCACAGCCGCACGGACCGCAAGCGGCGCAUGCGAGAGCGCAUGCGCAGCAACACCAACCUGUUCCUGCGCGAGAUGCGCAUGCUGAUGGCGCGCCAGGACAAGACCAUGGAGCGGCUGACGGCGCAGCACGCGCAGGCGCGCGACGCGCUCUUCAAGGAGAUGCAGCGGAUUUACGAGUUGUACAACAAUGAGGAACUGGAAUAUUCGUUACAACCCAAGAUAGAAAAUUAUGUUUAAAGGAUGGAAGAUAGUGCUUAAGUAUACCUAGCAUUCCCGAUCUUCACAUGGAGAAAGCAGAACAGGAGUGUCACGAUUCAAGCUUAACUAGCAAGUAUAUCUCAAAAUCGUCCGACAAUAAUGAAGAUAUUUAACAACGUGGAUUCCAGAUUGGAAUAACAAAUGUACAAAGUUCGAAAUCGAGUUCAAGAAUUUGAAUGUUUGACCUCUAAAGAAAAAAAUUCAGUUUGUAAAUAAAAAUAUGGUCAAACAGGAGUAAAAAAUUGUCCAAUUAUUUUGAAAAGAGAUUUUAUAACAAAGUAUAAGAUUUUCAUACAUUUAUACAUGUAAUUUGAUUUACUUUGCAAUAGAACAUGUAGUUAGUAAAUUUUUUUUUAAAUGUUCAUAUGUAUUUAAGCUUUGAAAACACCGAAUAAAAAAAUGAAAAGCCAAUAUUCAAUCUCUAUGGAGUAACUCAAUAGUUAGCUUAAUUACGCUGAUUCACAGUAAAAUACCCUCAAAAUGGAUAUAUUAUUUUUCCAGACAAUUUUGUUUGUUUUUUAACCCUUUAAUGCCGGAAUUCAUUAUUAAUUCAAAAAUGUUUCAUUUCGAGUUUCAUUAUGUUAUACAGUGGCUUAGAUGAUGAAAUGGAUUAUUUGUUAUUUUCAGUUUUCAG